AUGUAUCCUACAAGAAGACCUCCUCCAUUUUAUCCUCCUAGUACAGCCGAAAGAAACAGUCUAGGAUAUCAGAGUAAAGUUCGAGUUGUUGAUCAAUACAAAGUUAUUGGUUUCAUCAGUUCUGGUACAUAUGGACGAGUUUAUAAAGCCGUUGGACGAGAUGGGCGACCGGGGGAAUUCGCCAUCAAGAAGUUCAAGCCGGAUAAGGAAGGAGAACAAAUCCAAUAUACGGGUAUAUCUCAAUCAGCAGUUCGAGAGAUGGCACUCUGUUCUGAAUUAAGUCACAUGAAUGUCAUCCGUCUCGUUGAGAUUAUUCUCGAAGACAAAUGUAUCUUCAUGGUUUUCGAAUAUGCCGAACAUGACCUUCUCCAGAUUAUCCAUCAUCACACCCAACCUACUCGCCAUCCUAUCCCCCCUCCGACUGUCAAAUCCAUAAUAUUUCAACUUCUCAAUGGCUGUCAAUAUCUUCACGCCAAUUGGGUACUCCACCGUGAUCUCAAACCUGCAAAUAUCAUGGUAUCUUCCUCGGGUGAAGUGAAAAUUGGUGAUCUAGGUCUUGCUCGCCUUUUCAAUAAACCAUUGCAUUCCCUCUUCUCGGGUGACAAAGUUGUCGUCACGAUCUGGUAUCGAGCUCCCGAACUCUUAUUGGGUUCAAAGCAUUACACUCCAGCAAUCGAUAUGUGGGCUAUUGGCUGUAUCUUUGCAGAACUACUAUCUCUGAGGCCAAUCUUCAAAGGCGAAGAAGCGAAAAUGGAUAGUAAAAAAACGGUACCCUUCCAGAGAAACCAAAUGCAAAAGAUUGUUGAUAUAAUGGGAUUACCUACCAAGGAGAGAUGGCCACAUUUGGUACAUAUGCCGGAAUACUCACAACUUUCCACUCUUUCGGCAAAUGGACAUGCAAAAGCUGGAUACUCGAGUCUAGAAAAAUGGUAUUAUCAAACUAUAAAUGCUUCUUCCACGUCUGUCCCGGUGUCGAAUUUGAACCUAGGUGCUGAAGGGUAUAAAUUGUUAAGCAGUUUACUGGAAUAUGACCCUGAGAAACGAUUAACAGCACAAGCGGCAUUAACACAUCCAUUUUUCAGUACGGGGGAUAAAGUUAGUGCCAACGUUUUUGAGGGGGUCAAGACGGAGUAUCCGCAUAGGAGGGUUAGUCAGGAUGACAAUGAUAUCCGGACUGGGAGUUUGCCUGGCACAAAGAGGAGUGGAUUGCCGGACGAUUCAAGACCUGCAAAACGAUUGAAGGAAUAA